UGGAACGUGAAAGGGCUCUCCGGGAUCCUAGGUGAUCAUCAGGGAUAGGAGGAGUUGAACCAGGCUCAGAACCACUCACUGGAUUUCUGGGGUUAAGAGACUAAAUAUUUAGAAGAGUACUGACGAUAUUUCCUACAGUGGUGUGUAACCUACUGUGAUUUGGAGUUUACCGCUCAAUGGAAAACUGUCCUUGAAGAAUCAGGGACAAAGAAAAGCCUUCAUUGUAAGUUGUUAGCUUGGAAAGCGGGUCUCUUGUGGAUCCAGGCUGUAUCACAGAGGCUGCGCCCAGCAGAACUGAUAAGCUAACCGACACAAAUCUGAGCUCUGUAACCAUGGAUGAGGAAGGUGAGAUAGCAGACUUGAAAGACUGGACUGAGCUUGAACCCAGCUACACCGUCAAAAUCCUUCUCACAAUCUUUUACAGCUUCAUCCUGGUAACGGGCAUCGUGGGCAAUUCAGUCACUAUCAGAGUGACGCAAGUGCUGAAGCGUAAUGGCUACCUGCAGAAGAACGUCACGGACCACAUGGCGAGCCUGGCCUGCUCCGACCUGCUGGUGCUCCUCAUUGGCAUGCCGGUGGAGCUCUACAGCGCCAUCUGGUUCCCGUUCACCACCGCAGAAGGGAAUGCAUCCUGUAAGAUCUACAACUUCCUGUUCGAGGCUUGCAGCUACGCAACCAUCCUCAACGUGGCCACGCUUAGCUUUGAGCGCUAUGUGGCUAUCUGUCACCCGUUCCGCUUCAAAGCCCUGGGUGGAAAACGCACCUCUGCCCUCAUCACCUUCGCUUGGCUGGUUUCUGUCCUCGUGGCCCUGCCCCUGCUGGUUGCCACGGGAACGCAGGGACACAUUCCCUUAAAACAAGAGCUGCCGGUCCAGAAUCUGACCUUCUGUACCAACCUGCGGGAGCACUGGGUGAUGUACAGGGUCAGCAUCUUCGUAGCCUUCAUCGUCUACAUGGUGGUGUUGGUCUGCGUGGCCGUCAUGUGCCGGGCCAUGGUCCUCGUCCUCCAGAAGACUCUAGGGUCCGGGGAUAGCGGCACCAACGGGGUCCAAACAGCACCAAAGCAUGAAAGUUCAAAGGUCAAGACAGCAAGGAAGCAGACCAUCAUUUUUCUUGGUCUCAUCGUGGGGUCCCUGAUGGUCUGCUGGCUUCCCAACCAGAUACGUCGUCUUAUGACCACCGUGCCCAAAUCCCGCUGGACUACUUCCUACUUCCGGAGCUACGUUACUCUCCACCCAGUGGCCGACAGUUUUUUCUAUCUGAGCUCCGUCAUCAACCCGUUUCUUUACAACCUGUCGUCGAGACAGUUCCGGGAGGUGUUUGUCCAGGUGCUGCGGUGCCGCCUCACCCUGGAACACAUCAAUAAGCGCACGGUGCGGAGCUCCCAGGCUGCCUCGGCCCGCUCCCUCAAGCCCUUGCUGAAAAAGUCGUUGCGUCGCAGCAGGGCAAACCGCCCCACUCUCGCACUAGAGGAACCUCCGCCCACCUUCACAACCUUCCACAGUCAAAGUGACUCUGGAGUGGCUUCAAAUACUCAAACGUCUCUCAGCCUGACUGAAGAGUCCGAUCUCCAAACAAAGACAGACGUACCAUCAGAGACUGAAGUGUAAUGUACAAUUUAAUGCAACACAGUGAACAGUCAAAACAACUCAAUGAUUUUUGUGCUGUCAUCAGAAAAAAACUGAAAUAUUCCUUUUACACAGUUAAAACAGUACCAAAUGUAAAGUCAGGUAUUUCAUUAAAAGAUCAUGCUCAGCUGACAAUUUGGCACAAUAUCAAGCUUCAUGGGUCCCCUCAAGUGUGAACUUGAUAUCAAGUCAGAAAAUAUUAUAAAAAAGCUCAAAUGAUUCAAACAUUCAUGUUUAGCAUGAAGACCCAACACAUUGAGUUCAAGUUAAAGGUACCCAGCAGGGCUGUUGACCACUGGGGGUGCUAUAGAGCAGUCAUUUGGUUUGCUUCUCGUGGGCUUACUUACAAUAGAGAGCCAAAGUCCCUCCCUUUCCGGUGGAACUCCAUGGGACCUUAUUUCGGAAGAAUUAUGUAUU